AUGGGAACAGUAACAUGCCUCCUUCCUACAACCAUCCGCCCCAACCUUUCCCCCUUCCACCCCCACCAUCCCAAAUCCCCCCAAGUUCAACCCACAAAAAUGGAAAAAAUGUUUACUUCCUCCACUCAGCGGGAUAACCCCACCCACCAAGAAUACCAGUACCUAGACCUAGUCUAUAACAUUCUAACCAACGGCGAGCGCCGAAGAGACAUGUGCAGUACAAUAUCGUACCCCUUCUACACUCACCCACGAAGAAAGCACAGCCUGACAAACCCCCACCAACUAAAGAGAACACGGGCUGGAACAAUCUCCCUCUUCGCACCACAACAGCUCCGCUUUAACCUGAAAAACAACACCUUCCCCCUCCUGACUAAAAAGCACGUCUUCCACAAAGCCAUCAUUCACGAGCCCCUCUGGUUCGUUUCGGGCUCGACCAGCAACGCCCCGCUCUCGGCCGUGGGCGUGAAGAUCUGGGAGGAAAACGGGUCGCGCGCUUACCUGGACAGCAUCGGGCUCACGGAGCGCGCGGAGGGUGACCUGGGACCCGUCUACCGAUUUCGGUUGCGGCACCUGGGCGCAAAGUACGUCGACUGCUUCCACCACUACCGCCGGCAUUUCCACCCGCGCUACCACUUCCAUCAUCAUCCUCAAUCUCAAAUCCCAGCCUCUGCGUCAGCUCAAUCAAAUCAUCCGUCGCGAAAUCCUGUGCCUUAG